AAACAGGUACAGGGAAGUGAGGCAAGAGAAAAUUGCUAGUGGGGAGAAACUGUCUCUGAUUUACGCAUACACUGGUGCCUUAAACAGAAACUGACAGCACACUUUCAGGAGUCCCCGAAAACGGUCGAUUGUGGAGUUCUAUGGAAGCAGAACAUUAGAGCUAGGACUAGUUUUAAACAUUUGUUUCAAAAUGAACAGGACUUUGUUCUUUUGCAUUUUUUUGUGUUCUUACUCCAUCUCAAGUGUAAGACAGACAGCUGUCAGGAUAUUCUGAUUAGUGACAGUGAAGAUGAAGUCUCCAUGAAGUCCGCUCUGAUACAGUGCAGAGGUGUCAGUGAGGAGUGGACGGAUCCCAGUAGCCUAAAGGACCUGUACCUCACAAUAAAGAGUCUUCGCGAGAAAGUGUCUCAGUACAAGAGUCGUCUGCGGAACGAAGAAGCAAGGCGAAAGCUGCAGCUGCAGGUUUUGCACAAGGCUCACGAUCAGAGCAUCCACGAGAAACUGGUUCUUGUGCAGAACCUAGAAGACGUGGUACGUGAGCAAGAGGCACAGAUCAUGAACCUGGAAAAUGGAGGUGUCCAACAAAAGUUCAGGGAAGUGAACACAACUUUUCCACCCCUGGGUCCAUCCCUCCUGCAGGAAGGUAAAGAUGGAAAACAUAUCAGGGGGCUCAACAGAGCUAAUAAUGAAAACCAAGGGACAAGACGACACAGCUUCUCCGGACGUCCCCUCCCUUCAGUACAGAAGUUAAUAGAUUCAGUAAAUGCACUGCAAGAAGAGAAGUUACGACUACAGGAAGAAAAGUUAAUUCUGACAGAAAAAGCAACAUCAAAGGAAGCUGAAAACCAGAUUGUGGUUAAGCAUUUGCGAGACCAGGUUGAUGACCUUACACAGAAACUGCAGUACCAGACGCAGGAGGUGAACAGGCUGCUCUCUGAGCUGGAUACCACAGACCUCAAAAGACAGCUAGAAUUCCUGUCACUGGAGAAUGAGAGCCUCAAACAGGAGCUUAGUACAUGCCAUAGAGAAGUGGAAGGUCUGAAAUUGGCAAGUGUGUCUUGCAGUGACUUUGAGCAGAAUAAGGAGACACGUGAUCUGCAGGAGAGGCUGACUGCACUAGAUCAUGAAGUGGAAGAAAAGAGUGGACAACUCUCUGAAGUGAAGUUGGAGUUGCAACAGAAGACAGACCGGCUAGCAGAACUGGAACUGCGGCUAAAGGACUGCCUUCGAGAAAAGGCAGAGGAAGAGGAGCGGCUACAGAGAGAACUUAGAGUGUGUGAACAGGAGAAGACUAGGCUGUCUUUCCAGCCACCACAGGUCAAAUACAUUACAAAAACAGUGGAGGUUGAUUCACCAAGACUAAAGCAGGCCCUCUGUGAUGCACAGUCAAGGAAUGAGCAUUUCCAAGAACAGAUUGCAAUGCAGAAGCAACUGAUAAGGGAUUUGGAGCAGCAGCUGCAAGAGUCGCAACAGCAAAAUGUACAGCUUCAUGCAGAGACAAUGAUGUAUCAGGCUGAACUAGACAAAACUCGGGGUCAGAUGGUAGAGGAAAUUCAGACGAUGGAAGAUGAAAAGAACCGGGUUAUUGAGGAGGCAUUUAGUCGAGCACAGACAGAAAUGAAGGCAGUACAUGAAAAUUUGGCAGGCGUCAGGCUGAAUCUUCGUACUCUUCAACCUGCACUGCGGACACUCACCAGUGAUUAUAACUGCCUGAAACGUCAAGUUCGUCAAUUCCCAUUCCUUCUGCAAAAUGGAAUCAGGCAAGCAAAAGAAGAGAUUAGCAGUAUUGUGCAGGAAGUGAAUGUUGCCAACCAGGAACUGCUGAAGAAGUACCGGCGGGAGCUGCAGCUCAGGAAGAAAUGUCACAAUGAGUUGGUACGACUCAAAGGAAAUAUAAGAGUUUUCUGUCGUGUGCGACCAAAAACGAAAGAAGAUGGGGAGGGAGAGGAUGCCAUGAACGUGGUGAACUUCGACCAAGAUGAUGAUGCAAUCCUGUACGUGUUACAUAAAGGGAAACCUAUCCCAUUUGAGAUGGACAAAGUUUUCCCUCCUGAGACUUCACAGGAAGAUAUAUUUAAAGAAGUAGAAGACCUCAUCACUUCCAGUAUUGAUGGUUACAAUGUCUGUAUCUUUGCCUAUGGACAAACUGGAUCUGGCAAGACAUACACAAUGGAGGGUACAGCAGAGCAUCCUGGAAUAAACCAGCGAGCAUUACGGUUGCUGUUCUCUGAGGUAGAAAAGAAGGUUUCUGACUGGAAGUAUACCAUCACUGUCAGCAUGGCUGAGAUUUACAAUGAGACACUUAGGGAUUUGCUUGGGAAGGACCCUCAAGAGAAGCUGGAUAUUAGAUUGUCGCCAGAUGGAAGUGGUCAGCUCUAUGUACCUGGCCUUACUGAAUUUACAGUGAGGAGUGUAGCAGAUGUUAAUCGGGUUUUUGAACUGGGCCACAUGAAUAGAGCAACAGAAUGCACAAACCUGAAUGAGCACAGCUCACGCUCCCAUGCUCUGCUGAUCAUCACCGUACAUGGAGUGAAUUAUGGCACUGGUAUCAGAACUUCAGGUAAGCUAAACUUAGUAGAUCUUGCUGGUUCAGAGCGUGUUGGAAAGUCUGGUGCAGAAGGGAAUCGUUUACGAGAAGCUCAGUGCAUCAAUAAGUCAUUGUCUGCACUGGGAGAUGUGAUCUAUGCCCUGCGUUCUAGACAUGCACAUGUUCCCUUCCGUAACUCCAAGCUGACGUACCUCUUACAGGACUCUCUCAAUGGAGACAGCAAGACACUCAUGAUGGUUCAGGUAUCACCAGUUGAAAGCAGCAGCAGUGAAACCAUUUGCUCACUGAAGUUUGCGCAGAGGGUCAGAUCUGUGGAACUUGGUCCUGGUACUCGGAAACUGGAGCCUUUGUCCUCCCCCAGCCAGGAACAGACUGAGGCCGACUCUCCACCAUUGGUAUCAUCACCGGUCGUUCGCUGCAACUCUAUUGCAGUUGUCAACACAGUAAAAACAGGGGGACUAAACCGAAGGAAACUUCCAGGUUCUGUGUGGAAUAAUUUGCAACAAUGAGCCUUGUAUCCAGGCAAAAGGUGACCAUUAGUUGCUUGACGUAAGGAGUCCUUUCCAACCUUGGCUAUUGCUGGAUAAGGAAAGGAGGUGCCAGGAAUUGAAAAGACGGGAAGAGUUAUGAAGAUUUGCAUGUCCAGCAAUUUUUAUUUAAGGCUCUUACAUCAAGCUGACUGCUAUCAAGUUUAAAACUUGUCAAGUUUGAAGUUAUCUUCAUUGUUAGGAUGGAUUAAAAAGGUUAAAAGUUUGGUUUUAACAAAGUCUUCAACAGUAACAUACAGAAAACUAAAUCAUGAAGAUGUGUCCCCGAUGUCUUUUGCUGAGUUGCCUUAGCUGCGUAGAACUCUCAAGUGGGAACAGUAAGCUCCAGCAAGGUAAAGCAAGGAAGUAGGGAGAACUCCUGCCUUUUUAACACUUUAACUAAAAGCACUUUAUUCAGAAUGACCUCUGGAACACUGUGUUAGAUUAUGUUGUGUACCUCUUUUUUUUAACAAACUGUAAAUAAUUUUAUAGAGUUUUUAUAACAUAUACCAAAGUUCUAUGUGGAACAAAAAUCCAGUUUUAGAGGUCACUAUUUUAUAUUAAGUAAAACAUUAUUUUGCAUUAUGGGAAGUCUAUAGAUAUGGGAUUUUAUACCAUGUUGCUGUUACUGCUUUAAGCUAAUAAAUACAUGCCUCCGGGUGUGUCCAAAAAUGUUUUGUGUGCAAGAAAAAGCACAUGAAUUUAAUGGAGACGCUGGUCUGAUGUUUGUAUCAUUAUGAUUUAUAACGAUCCUUAUUCUGAUUUGGAUGCUUGGUGAUUUGCUGUUUAUUUACCUCCUGAGAGUGAUAAGGAACACAAAGGAGAUUUACUCCCCAAUGCAAAUUUCCACUCCUUUGCUGAAAGUGUAUCCCUUCUGCACCCUGGCUGGUCCAGUGAGUGUUUGGGGGGGUGGUAUACUUUGAGGAUUAAAUAGGAUCUGUGAGUGUGCCAUUCUGAGAUUGUGUUUGAUUUUGUCAUGCUGCUAUCUGUUUCCUUGGAAAAGGAGGACUUUUAUUCCAUGGUUCUUGUACGAUAUGUGGCUACUUGCUGCAGAAGUAUGCCAUCUCCCUUGUAUGUUUGUGUCAGAACUGCAUUCUAUUAUCAUUUCUCUUCCUCCAGUUCAAGUGAUGAUGCUGACCUUGUCUACUGGUCUUUAUUUGCAGUGGCAGUGUCCUCUGGAAAUUUUGAUCCUUUCUUAAAAAAACGGUUAUUUCAUUUCUGGAGUGUCUUGAAACCAGGACACAAUGUGGUGUGAACCAUUCAGAUGCCAUCAAAUUGCUUUAGUGGUGAUGAGAGCAGUAUAAUGUAGUUAGUAUGCAUUUUCAUUGCUAAUACACAUUGGAUUGUACAGCUUUGCCAGUCUAUGAUUUUGUUUGAUUUUAUUUGUCAUGCUGCUAUCUGUUUCCUUGGAAAAGGAGGACUUUUAUUCCAUGGUGCUUGUACAGUAUGUGGCUACUUUCUGCAGAUGUAUGCCAUCUCCCUUGUAUGGUUCUGUCAGAGCUGCCUUUUAUUAUCAUUUCUCCCCCUCCAAUUCAAAUAAUGAUGCUGA